UCCUCGGAGGGGAGGGACCGAGGCCCGGAGCCUCCUUCUCUUAAGUCUCAGCCCCCGGGAGCCAGAGAACCCGAUUCCGAGCGGCCGCAGCCCCCGGGGACGGGCGUCCAGUGCAAGCGCGCGAGCCGGACACUCACUCGGCCGCUGGGCUCCGCGCCCCCCACGCCCCCCGCGCCCGACGAUGUCUUCCUACAGCCGCGUGGCGCUGGUGACGGGCGCCAACAAGGGCAUCGGCUUCGCCAUCGCGCGCGAGCUGUGCCGGCAGUUCUCCGGGGACGUGGUGCUCACGGCUCGGGACGAGGCCCGGGGCCAGGCGGCCGUGCAGCAGCUGCAGGCCGAGGGCCUGAGCCCGCGCUUCCACCAACUGGACAUCAACGACCUGCAGAGCAUCCGCGCGCUGCGCGACUUCCUGCGCAAAGAGUACGGGGGACUCAACGUGCUGGUCAACAACGCGGGCAUCGCCUUCAAGACCAAUGAUCCAACACCCUUCGACAUCCAGGCAGAGAAGACACUGAAGACCAACUUCUUUGCCACCCGGAAUGUUUGUACCGAGUUACUGCCCAUCAUGAAACCGCAUGGCCGGGUGGUGAACAUCAGCAGCCUGCAGGGUUCCCGCGCCCUGGAGCACUGCAGUGAGGAGCUGCAGGAGAGAUUCCGCAGUGACACCCUCACUGAGGACGACCUGGUGGACCUCAUGAAGAAGUUUGUGGAAGAUGCCAGGAACGAGGUGCAUGAGCGGGAGGGCUGGCCCAGCUCGGCAUACGGGGUGUCCAAGCUGGGGGUCACAGUGCUCUCGCGGAUCCUGGCCCGGUGUCUGGAGGAGAAGAGGAGUGGUGACCGCAUCCUGCUCAACGCCUGCUGCCCUGGCUGGGUGAAGACGGACAUGGCCGGUGAGCAGGGCACCAGGACCGUGGAGGAGGGGGCCGAGACCCCCGUCUACUUGGCCCUCCUGCCUCCGGAUGCCACCGGGCCACACGGCCAGCUGGUCCGGGACAGAGUCGUGCAGACCUGGUGAAAGGGCCCGGGGCUGAAUAAACAUG